GUGUGUGUGUGUGUGUGUGUGUGUGAACGCGUCUGCCUGCGGGCUAUUUAAGUUAAGGUGUGUAUGCUGGUCUGAAAGAGAGAGUUUGUGUUGAGCGUGGCGUGAGUCCGUGUGCGUGAGAGAGAGUGAUUUAAAGGAGGGGGUGUGUUUAUGGGAAAUUGAGAUUGUGUGUGUGUGUGUGUGUGUGUGUGUGUGUGUGUGUGUGUGUGUGUGUGUGUGUGUGUUUACACAGACGGGAAUACUGCGCCAGAGGAAGUGCGCCGGUUCUCCGUCUGCGCGUCCUGACUUCCUGCUCUGAGGAGGGAGAGAGAAAAGCUGCGGAUCCGCUUUCAGACAGCAGCAGCGGCAGCAGCAUGGAGCCCCAACACAGCUCACACUCCCCGCUUUAAGACACAAACAUCUCACACACGCACGGGCAGACGGACAGAGGAACAGCUGCCGUCCACUGCUGGGUCGCCUGCGUCUCUGGUGUCAUCCCGUCAUGGAGAGCUCCAUCACACUCUGGCAGUUCCUGCUGCAGCUCCUGCUCGACCAAAGCCACAAACAUCUAAUCUGCUGGACAUCCAACGACGGCGAGUUCAAGCUGCUCAAGUCAGAGGAAGUGGCCAAGUUGUGGGGGCUGCGCAAGAACAAGACCAACAUGAACUAUGACAAGCUGAGCAGAGCCCUGCGCUACUACUAUGACAAAAACAUCAUCAAGAAGGUGAUCGGGCAGAAGUUCGUCUACAAGUUUGUGUCAUUCCCUGAGAUUCUGAAGAUGGACCCCGCGGUGGUGGAGUCGGGCCGUAGCAGUGAGGAAAGUGCGGGGGCGACAUCAGAGCCUGACGCUGAAGACGAGGAUGUGGGUGGGAGGAACGAAUACCUCCACUCCGGCCUGUACUCCUCCUUCACUGUCAGGUCCCUGCAGCAUCCCUUAGAACCACAACGGUCAAUCAAGACGGAGCCUAGAUCCGAUCACCAUGACGACAGCUCCUCUGUCAUCCGAUUCAUAACUAACCGUGGCCACUCCUCCCUCCCCUCCACUCCGCCCCAAUCCUCAACUGACACCUCACAUUCCUCCAAGCGGUCUCCUCGGCAGGCCCGCUCCUCCUCUUGCUCGUCCUCCCCGCAACAAAGCCCCACCCACACACACUGGAGGGGGCGGAGCCACAGCACAGAUACUGAUGAGUUGGAGCAGAUCGCUCAACCCUUAAACCUGUCAUCAGGUCAGAGAGAGAGAGAGAGGUCACAGACCACGACCAUGCCAGAGAGGAGGGGACUGGCCAAUGGUGGGCCUUCUAAGAGCAAGAAACCCAAAGGCUUGGAAAUCUCCGCCCCCUCCCUCCUCCUAACAGGAAGUGACUUAGUCUCCAUCGCCCUCAACAGCCCUGCUCUGCCUUCAGGGUCCCUGACUCCUGCCUUCCUCACCGCACAGACUCCGUCUGGUCUGCUGCUCACUCCCAGCCCUCUACUCUCCAAUAUCCAUUUUUGGUCCAACCUGAGUCCAGUGGGACCCCUCAGCCCUGCCCAGCUUCAGAGCCACGCCCCCCUCUUCCAGUUCCCCACGCUGUUGAACGGACCCAUCGCAAUGCCUUUGGCCAAUGUGGAUGCUCCAACUCCCUUGCUGUUGUCCCCCAGCUCCCACAAGUCUUGAUGUCAGCCUGAGCCCCAUUAGAGAGGCCCGGGCCAAACCAGACUGAGCUGCUCCGAUUCGGCACAGAUCAGGACUAAGCCAAUCAGCCUUAAUCUCUGACGAUGAACCACAUUGGAGUCAGGCUUCGUCUGAGUCUGAUUAUACUUUGAUCUGAAACCUGUUUCUUUACAUUUAUUAUAUGUAGAAACAGGAGCUUCACUCUGAAGCUUUGCUCUCUGAGAAGAGUGUUUGCAUUUGACAUUUUUCUGUGUGUUUACUACAGUUUAACUGCUCACGUUCUUUACAUUUGUGUCCUCUUGUCAGGUUGUAAAAGCUUUGAAUUUCUUUUCAUACAAAAAAAUAUAUAUAUACCGGAGGUUCUCAUCUCAUUCCACUUGGUUUAAACUUCACUGAUACAGAUUGGUUGCAGUUUCACGAAUGUUACUGCUAUUUUUCAUCUCCUGUGCUGACAAAUCCCAGUAUCCACAGUUCUGACUCAAACAAUGGAGAUCUGGGGAAAUUCUCUGCAGAAAUGCUGAGAUAAGACCUCACAGAGACAGAAGACUUUACAAGUGUAAUAUAGAAUGUGAGAAACUUAAGAAACUCAAGUAUAGCUUCCUUAUAUAAAUAAAUGUUUACCUUGCUACCAUACAAUUAAAUGAAGUGCAUUUGCUUUCUUGCUGAGAAGUAGCAUUACCUGAGAAGACCGAUAUCACUUUUGUGUGUUUGCUCAAAAUGAAGCUACAGCCAGGAGACUCAUUUCCAAAGAUAACAAAAUCUAAGCACCAGUUACUAAAACCUCACUAAUGAGCACAUUACCCUUACGAAACUGGUGUAAAAAUGAUGUGGCAUAAAAAUUUGUGGUGAUGCUAUGACUUCAAAAGUCACUGCUCACGGCCAAGAACUAGUUCAGCACAUAACCGCCCUAAAACCACAACAUGUACAUAUAAUUUUUACAAUAUGGUUUUCGUAGAGAUUAAACAAACAGCAGCAAUAAUGUAUUAAUUAGUGAGCUUUUGUUACCUCUGGACAGAACCAGGAUAGACAGAACAGAGUGGGAUCUCCUCAGCUAACUCAGCAAGAAAGCAAACGUGCAAAUGAUUCCCAAAAUUUGAUCAUAGAAUGGGACUAUAACUGGAUGAUUAGACGCUACAGGCUUCAUAGGCCAGUAAAGAAACCUUGCUGUGACUGACAGCUUGUAGAGGACAAUGAUUCUGUGUUGAUUCUUUUAUUUUCUCUCUGUGCUUCCUUUUAAUAGACAAAAUCUCACAGUGUGCAGAGUUUUGGGUUUUUCAAAUCAGUCAAUCAAUGACUGUGUCUCGUCAUUUGGUAAUGUGAACAAAUUCAAUGAGUAAGACACUGCAGGUCUCAGGAUUAUUGUUACUCUUAUUUUAGACAAUAAAAAUUUGUCCAGAUCUGGAUUCUUUGAGCUGGACAUGUGGCCACAUGACAUGAAACCCUUCACCGACUCCUUGCACAGCACCUGGUAGCUGGAGAGCUAAAAUGCUUUGGAAGUCCUCACCUUGUCUUUUGUGUGUGUGUGUCUUUUGACACUGUGAACUUUUUGCUUGCUUCUUUUUAAAAAAAAAAUGCACUGUACUUUUAUGCCUUGUACCAGCUGUGCCUUUGAUAUUGUAAGAUUUAUGUAAAUGUAUUAAGCUUUAAACGGUUGUAAUAGACAUUCCAGGUCAAGAUUGCACAAAGAUUUUUUUUUUUUGUAAAAUGGCUCCUGGUUAUUUUUUAUAAAGAAAUUAAUGGAAUUGUAUUCAGUGCUUGUUUUUGUUGUUUUGGUGAGAGAUCUCUCUUUUUUUUUUUUUUUUGGAAUAAAACAGUUUUUGGAAUAA